AUGGCGGAAAUUUCAAAGGGAAUUCCUUUGAAAAAGGAUUGUAAAAUAAUAGGCUAUAGGAAACAAAAGUAUAAAUUCGAAUAUCUGCUGAGAGCAGUAUUCUUUGUAUUAUUAGUGUUUGUAUUUGUACGUAAAAUAUUAUUAUUUGACCCUCCAGAGCUAAAAGUUAAAUCGCAAUCAAGCAGAGAGUCAGCAAACAUAAUUAGAGGAAAACCAUAUAACGAGAACCUGUAUUCGCUGAGCUACGACUUCGCAACGGAGGAAUCCGGAGCGAAAAUAAUAGCACAUUCCAAAUCGCUAGAGAACAUAUCGAACAUACUGCGGUAUGACAACAACAUAUAUAUGCUGGCCCCGUGCCAGACAACAGACUGGUUCAUACUAUCCUUCCAGGAAAGCAUACUAAUACAGCAGAUAUCGUUUCUGUCGUACGAAUUUUACGCAUCGUCAUACAAGAACUUACGAAUAUCAGUAUCGAAUGUGUACCCAACGAGUAAGUUUGUAACAUUGGCAGAGAUCGAGACUGAGCCGCUGACGAAUGAAAUAUUCGACCUCGCAUUCCUGUGCGACAGCGAUAAGAACGACUGCUGGUGCAAGUACGUGAAGGUGGAGUUGCUGGACUACCACAAGGAGGAGGACAACUACUACUGCGCAAUCACGAAGAUGAAGGUGUACGGAAUCACCGCAGUCGAGUACCUGGAAAGUGAAAUAGGAGAAGAUAAGUCGAUGUAUCAGUCGGAGGAGGGGCCAGGGGCAAGUGCGGCAGGCGUACAAGGAGCAAGCGGUAGCUGUGGGAGCACCAGCUACUCAAGUAAGAACAUGGGCGCCGGGGGUGACAGUGCAGGAGUGUGCGGAAGUGAAAGAGUGAAGGUGAUGAGGAUGUUCGACAAGGCGAAGCUGGACGCAAGUCCAACCUUCCUGUACGAUAUAAAAAACACAAUCAUGAGCUCGUUCUACAAGUUCCUGAUGUCAAUGGCGCUGAGAAGAGACGAGUACAACAAAAAGCUGCUCCACAGGCUGAUUAAGAUAGGGAAGAGUAAGAAGUACUGCGGAACUAACCUGCUGUUCCAGUUCAACUGCAACAGGUUCAUAACGUACCUGCUGCUGGAGAAGUACUCAGCCUACUACUCGACCAUUUUGGAGUACGUGAGGCUGCCGAGGAAACACACGUGGUUCGAGAGAGUCGUCUUCGACUUCAUCAAGAGCAAAAAGAGCCUUAUCUACAGCAUCAUCAACGACGUGGGAAUAAAGGAAGUGCCAGUGCUGGUGUGCAUAGACACGUUUGGAGUAGUCUCGACAUACAAAUGCUACUUCUACUUCAACCUCAAGUCGUUCUCGACACUGCUGUUCACAGAGUACACGAAGGGCGUUAAGUUCAACAAAAUUGGUGGCCAUGAAGAUGAGACGUGGGUGGAAGUAGGUAACGGAAGCGUCGGUAAUGAGUGUGAAGGUGAGGAUACAAUGUGUAGUACGAGCACAGAUGACUACGACGGUGACAGGGAAGUAGCUGCCAUAAAUGGUGUUAAAGAGGAUGAACAAAUGGAUAGAUUAGAUGAAUUGGGAGUUAUAAGUGACAGAAAUGAUAAUGAUAGUAAUAAUAAGAACGAAGAAGAUUAUAUAGAGGUUAUUGACAGUAAAGAAGUGUUAAGUCAGACUACUAAAGGUGAUACGGUUGCGACCAAAAGUAAUGUGGAAGUGGAAGAACAAAUAAACACGGAAGAUAAAUUAGAUGAUAUACAAGAGGAAUUAGGAGAAAAAGAAGAUAAAUUGGAGAAGUUAAAGGAGGAAAGUAAACGACAAACAUUAGGUGAAGGAGAAGAACAAGGUAGUAGUAUAGAUAAAGAUAGUAAAAAAGCAAGUGAAGAUAAAAAGGAAACAGAAUUAACCUCAGAUAGUCAGGGAAGUCAAGUAAGACAGAACAGUGGAAAUCAGAAUCAGAAACAAGGAGAACACGAAACCCAUGAAAACAACAGUACAAAUGCCAAACAAGGCACAAAUGGUGAAAAAAGUGACCAUGUAAACUUAGAUCAGAAACAUAAGAAUAGUAGUAACAGUAAAAAAGGUAGAAGUAGCUGUAGUAAGCUCAAUAAGAGUAGUAAGGUGUAUAAAAGAGUUAAGGGAGGAGAUAGGUUCUAUUUCUACUACGCAGAUGGGAGAUCGUUGGUAAAAAAUGUAAUAAAAAAGUAUAAAAGCCUAACGCAAGACGUAAAAUUAGUGGAAAGAUGCGACUAUAGAAUCGCAGACGAGUACAUAUCCUCAAUAACAGUGGUAGGGAAGCUGAUGUACAUCAACCUAUCGCCGGACUCAACGUCGUCGUACCCAGUUAACCUGGACAGAAAUAGCGAAAAGGUGGAGGAAAAACUAGUGAAGAUGAACAGGAACAUGUACAGAAUCGACUUUUUAAACAACCUAACGAAGUACUUCGACGAAAGAUGCUACGCCAAUGAGAUGCAGAGCGGGCUUCCCAAGGGCGUGCACACGCACCUGCACCCAGGGCUGCACAGCGACCUGGACUCAGUGCUCCACAACGAUGAGCUUAACGGAGGACUGCGCCCAGACCUGCACGUUGGCUUCCACGGAGGGCUUAACACGAGGCUGCGCAAGGAGAUCGACAGCGACCUGCACAAGAAGGACCAGAAGGUGCACAAGCACGUCCUGCUUAAGUUGUCGGAGAGGAUCAAGUCGCUGGAGUACCUGACGAACAAGCUCUCGAACAAGAUCUACGAAGUGGAGAGGCUUCUGAACAUAGCGAUAAACCAGCAAAUAUACAGAGACAAUGAGAGUAAGCCGAAGAACAAUAUGACAAGUGAAUUUCAUGAAGCACUGAGAAAACUGAACAUAAACAGAUAUAAAGUAAUCACACGGAGGAAGUUCAAUGGCCAGAAGAUGUUUGGUGGAAGGAAGAAGUACUACCAGAGAAUACGGAGUUACUCGGAGUACGAGGUGGGAUACCUGUACAUGGACAGCGAGGAGGCGAUGAAUUCAGGAAACAUGUGCAGACUGAGUCUGUGUGUGCCAAACGAUAGCAAGUGCAGGAGGACGAGGCUCCUGAGCAACCUGAGCAAGUACCACGCGACGCUGAAUAGGCGCAAGCUGAUAGGCUGCAUCAUCAGGUACAACUGCAAGUGCCUGAAGCACACACAGCAGAUGUACAGCGCGCCCGGAGAGGAGGAGUGGCUGUACACUAACGACGCGAGUCUGCUGAACGAGUACCUGGCGCUGUGGAGGAGAGUGGCGUGCGCCCUUCGGCAGAGCGUGGCGAGGUACAUCAACGCGUACUCGGUCUUCGCAAUGCUGAUUCUGACGCAAAUAUUCUGGAUACUCAAGUUCAAUGAGCACAAUAAGCAGAUAAAGAAGCUGAUGCUGCUGACGAGGUCUGAGGCCGAAAGGCGAUGCUACCGUGCUCUCGGUGGUUGCGAUGGACUAAAAUACAUGAGGCUUAAAGCCGGGCCGAGAGGCCAAACGAGAGUGUUGCAGUUAGUAACUUGUUACAGUAUGGUAGAGAGCACAAAGCCUGAGGGUAUGACACCAGAAUGCGAUGAGGGCACAGCACCCUGGAAUGCGAUAGCGACAAGCUCGCGAGAACUGGCUUGUCUUAACUAA